AUGAUAGAGCAACCCGCAAACUGCCGGAUAGUUGAUUCAAAGGAUGAUGGAACAGUCGCCCAGGAACUGGAAUUAGAGCAUAUGAGGAGUACAUUGGAAGAGGCAAUUGUGGAAACGCGCAGUGCGCCUCUUGAAAAUCGACCGCGACUUCCCCGUAUAGCCCUAAGCAAGCGGAAUCGGGCUAUCGUGAGGGCUCUGAACCCAAUGCUGGUGACCUAUUUGGAAGCUAGCCGGGACCUUUGUGAGACGGACUCAGUUCUUUUUGGCGCCACGCUGGCAGUCUGCCGUAUCAUAGGCGCCAAGGUUUCCUCGGCUGAACGCGCUACUGGCCAUAGUAUCGCUAUCCCAGCAUGGAGAAGAAGAAUUGAGCAACGUAUCGCAAAGGCUAGAGCUCUCAUCGGCACACUGAUAUGCUUCAGAUCAGGCAAUAACAGGCCAAGAAUUGUGCGCACCGUCAGGAUGGCGUCUGCUGGGACAAAUGUCAGUUUGUCCCAGCCGGAUAUAACGCAAAAACUGACGGAGCGCAAAGAUGAUCUGAAGCAAAGAAUCGCUGCUUGGGGAAAGCGGUUUCGGCGAUAUACCGAGAGGUCGACACGGUUCAACCAGAAUCGUCUCUUCCAGAGUGAUCAGAAGAGUCUCUUUGCAUCAUUGGAGCGACUAAUAGUAAGUGAAACGGGCCCAGCACCGAAUCAGGCCGACACUGUAGCAUUCUGGCGCGGCCUGUGGUCAGAGCCCGUAAACCACAGCGAGGGCCCUUGGACGGAAGUUGUGGCGAGUCAGUGUGCGGGUAUUACGCCCAUGGACCCCGUCAUCAUAACACCGGAUGACGUAGCUGAGGCGGUCCGUAGGGCCCCGAACUGGAAAAGUCCGGAGCUUUACGGGCUGCAUCACUACUGGCUGAAGGGGUUCAUGGUGUGUCACUCUGUGCUCGCCCGACAGUUUCAAGAGGCUCUCAACCAGAAGUCGCUCCCAAGCCUCUUCACUACUGGGAUCACUCAUUUGGUUCCUAAAGUCCAGGCGCAAUCAUUCGUCACGCGACACUUGAAGGAGAAGGCCGAUAAAGCCUCAACGACCUUUAGUUUAGUAAUGUAUCAAUUUCCUUAA